AUGCCGCCCCCCGUCCAAGCCGCAUACAAACGCAUCAAGCCGCCCAAGGUAGGCGAGAACGGCUACGUCGAAUUCAAUCCCAAAUCCGAGAUUCUCCCCGCAGGAUGGAACGGAUUCAAUGCGAAGCCGCUUAAAAGCGCGAUCCGCAUUGAUCAUGACGUCGAGAUGGUCAUGCGCGAUGGCGCCAGGCUCUACGCAGAUAUCUACCGCCCCGCCGAGUCGAGUGAGAAAGUCCCCGCCGUGCUCAGCUGGUCAUUCUACGGGAAGAAGUACAGUGCGCUGGAUAUGCUGCCCAUGUGUGUCUGGAACUGCUGCGUGCCGCGCUCUGACCUCAGUGGGCUGGAGAAAUUCGAGGGUCUGGACCCCCAGGCCUGGUGUCCGCGGGGGUAUGCGAUUAUCAGUGUCGAUACCCGUGGAGCAGGGAAUAGCGAUGGUUUGAUUGGCGUUAUGGGCGCUCAGGAUGCGGAGGAUGGAUAUGAUGUUGUUGAAGCCAUUGCCAAGAUGGACUGGUGUAAUGGGUCUGUUGGCAUGGCUGGGAAUUCGGCCCUGGCUAUCUCGCAAUGGUUCAUUGCCGCGCAGCAGCCCCCGUCUUUGAAGGCUAUUGCGCCAUGGGAGGGAUCAGGAGAUAUAUACCGAGAGCAGUUCUGCAGAGGUGGAUGGUUCUCCAUGAGCAAUUUCGAUCUUAUCACCAACGAGAUCGUGCGCGGACAAUCGAGCUCAGGUAUUGAGGACUUUGAAGAGAUGUACCGCCGGUCUCCAGUCUCGAGUCCAUUCUGGGAGGAUAAGCGGGCUGAUAUGACCAAGGUCGACUGUCCGGUCUAUAUAAGGGGCUCUGAUGUUAGCUCUAUACAUACAAUGGGCUCAAUCCGUGGCUGGCUGCAGGUGCCGCACGACAAGAAAUGGAUCCAAUGGGGCAGCAAGCAGGAGUGGUACGAGCUGUACAGCUGCCCCGAAUCCAUGGACGAGCUUCUUGUCUUCUUCGAUCGAUAUUUGAAGGGAAUUGAGAAUGGCUGGGAGAAAACACCCAAAGUGCGGUGGUCUGCACUGCAGUUCGGCGAUCGAGAGGCCAUCGACAAUAUCGUCCUGGAGGACUUUCCAGCCCCGAGCACCCAAUAUCGCGAGCUCUUCUUGUCAUCGCAGACACUGAAUACCAGCCCGGUUCAAGCCUACGAGAAACUCUCGUAUGAUUCAGCGUCGUCCUCCAGCUUCGCCGAGUUUUCGUACACCUUUGACAAACCAUCUCGGUUAAUCGGUCUUCCAAAGGCUGUGCUGUACAUGUCCUCGGAGGACCAAGAUGACUUUACAGUCUUCGUUAUUAUUCGCAAGAAGGAUAAGAAUGGAAAGCCGUUGAUGCAUCUCAACUUCCCCUUCCAGGCCACCCCGGUCAAGUCAAUCGACGAUAUCCCGCAGAAAGAGCAGGCCAGUCUGAACCUGCACCUCGGCUCUACGGGCAUCUUGAGGGCGUCACACCGUGCUAUUGACAAAGAGAAGAGCAUCCAUCCCCAGUUCCCGUUCCAUCCUCACUCGCGCCAGGACAAAGUGACUCCGGGGGAUAUUGUCAAACUAGAGAUCGGGAUCUGGGCGAUGGGUGUGGAUUUCGAGGCUGGGGAGACCAUCAGCGUUAGGGUGUCCGGCCAGUUCCCUAGUAUCGCUGAGUAUAAGACGUGGUCGAAGCCCAGGCCGGAGCAUGAGCUGAAUCGUGGGAAACACUUUAUUCAUUGUGGUGGAGAGUACCCCAGUUCUGUAAUUCUCCCAUUUAUAUAG